CCUGUGCUAAGAGAUUGAGAAGUAUAACAGUAAUGGGAGUACCUUACAGUGUUAAUACUACAGUUUAACUUCGAGUUUGUUACCAGUUGUCCAACCGUAACUUCGGGUUAGCUGUGUAUUGCCCAGCUAUUUGUGUCACUCCGGGCUUGCUGGCUGUGGGCCCGUGUGAAGAAUGAGUGUUUGUUGUUAGUUCACGGCCCGACUUGUGCAGUAAUUAAUUUCGGAGUACUAGGGGUGGCUAGUGUCAGUCACAAGUUUGUUCUCCGGCCCGCCGGUGUCCUGUCUCCGGCAGGGCUGGGAGCUUUGUGUUCUCUCAGGUUGUAAUAGGACUGUUUUUGGAAGUCCACUAUCCCUUCUUUUGGAAAUCUUUCGAAGUUAUCCCAAGAUGCAAGUGCUUAUUUCUAUUUUGCUGGUGCUUCUGGCAUCUGUUUUCAUCAUUUUUGUCCUUGCUCGGUGGGCUGUGGCAAGGGUCUUAACUGGAGCUGUUCAGAAGAAGCUGAAAGCAGAUAUGAAAAUUGGUUCUGUUGGAUUUUUUUCACUGUACAACAUCAGUGUUAAGUUUAAGCACCAAACUGUGGAUAUCGAUUGUAUUUGGGUUGCCUGCAGACUUUUUAACCGUGAUUUGCCACGUUACUUUGCAUUGUGUUUUGGUGAGGUUCGAAUACAUGCUGAUUUGCAGGAGAUUCCAGAUUUGCGUCAAGAACCACUAGACUUCUCACUGGAGAACCAAGAUAAAGAAAAGAAGCAUUUGGUGAUUAAGCCUUACUUCAUCCGAUUGCUUUCACAGUUUUCUGCCCACAUUGAUUCGGUGAUUGUGAUGAUUUUGAAUGCUGAGCCAUCAAAAUCUCUGUGGCACAUGUCUGUGUCUUCAUCAUCUGUUACUUUGGCCAGCGAUGGAAAGAGGGUAAGCUGCAAAGUGAAUCUGAAACAGGUCAACAGCAAAAUGCUGGAUAGCAGGAUGUUGGAUUCAUGUUUGGCAGAAGUCUCCUUCGGAUUGCUUCUGUCAGUGAAGCUGGACAUGCAUAGUAACCGACUUACUAGUGUGAAGUUUUCACUGCAAGCACUACAGACAGAGCUCUAUGAAGGCCUAUUUAACAGUGAGCUUUUCCUGGGGAUUACAUGGCUUGACCAGAAGGCAGAUGAGAGAGCACCUAGAACUGAAACAAAGACUGUAAAUCUCAGGACUGAGGAAGAAACAGAUGACGGCACAAUUAAGCAAAAGAAAAUUACACCGGAAUUCUUUCACUCCUUUCCCCAGAAGGUGUCUGUGCAGUUUGACAGCUCUAACAUCAACUUCUGGAUGAACAGCCAGAAGAGACAUAUGAAUUGGACCUUAAAAACUUUGCUGCUUAAGUACAAACGUGAUGAGGACCAGCUGGCACUGCGUGAUUUCAUGCCAGGCUUUGACAUGCCACAGACUAAUGUGGAAGUCUUGCUUGAAGAUGGGCUUCUCUUGUCGCAGAGUCGUCAGAGGAUUAUCUGUCUGAAUUCAGUCAAAGCAACGAUGCAGAUAACAUCAAUCGAUGUGUCUACUACUCUGAAUGUGACCACCUGCAUUGUUCAUUAUCGUCAUCAGGAGUUUUCUCAUUGGUUGAGUUUGUUGCCGUGGAAACUAAGACAUCAGACAAAAGAAGCUCCAAAGAAGAGGGACAUCCCUCAGAUCAAUGCUCCCAUCAUGAUUAAUACUUCUGUUUCGAACAUCAGUGUCUCCGUACAGCUGGGUGACACACAGCCUUUUGCACUGGGCCUCAUAUCUGCCUCUGCAGAUCUGCAGCACCUGAGGACCCACAGUCUCCAUCAACGGAUGACCCUGUCUCUUGACCACCUGUGGUGGCGGGUAGGUGAAGGGUCUCAUAUCCAGCAGGCUCCACACCCCCCAAACAUGCAUGUGUGGGGCAACGCACUGCUGCUUGAUUGUUUCACUUUGCAGGGUAGCUACAACCAGUCACUGUCCCUCUCCCAGUCCCAGCCCCAGUCGGAUACCCUCUUUGUCGACUGUACCAUUCGUGGAUUGCAGGCGGAGUCCUCUGAAACAUGUAUUCAGUGUCUGUCCAGAAUCUUGUCAGGAAUCCAUAACGACUCUUCUGCUGCCGCUGUGCCUGAGAUGUCCACUGCUGCUCAAUCAGUAACCAAGUCUCCAUUAUUGUGGAAGAUUGACUUGAAUCUGGAAGAUGUGAAUAUAUUUACUCUUUCCAGUGUUGCAGGUGCAGCGGUGCUGACAGCUGAUACUUUGACAGUCCAGGGCAGUGCUGAGACCACUGCCAUUAGCAUUCAUGGAUUUUGUCUUGUGUUAAUAAAGUCAGUUGAAGAAAAAAUGCAUCCUUGCUAUAAAGCAGUAGAUAUCCCACUCCCCAUUUUUGGAUUUUCUUCAUUGUCUGCAUCGUAUUACACAAGUGUUCGAACUUUAGAGAUGUACUGUGGUGCAACAUUUAUUGUUCAUUGGACACCUGCUGAUCAUAUGUUUCUACAUCAGCAUAUUGUAGACAUGCUGCAGCAUGUCAACUCACUGUUGGAAACUCGCCCGAGGACUGUCAUCUCUCCUUUGCUCAGUCAAGACAACCAUCCGAGUCUUGAUAAUCCUGUGACCAGCUCUACAGGUCUCACAAAUGUUUUCUCUGAACCACCACUGAAGAAAAAACAGCUGACCAUAAACAUGGAAUUAGUGUGUUUGAAAGCAACAGCCAGCAUUAGUAAUGAAAGUUGCAUUUGCCUACUCUUGGACAACAUGACUGUGGUUCGGAAUAGCAGCUUCCUUCAAGUCAAGCUGCCUCAUUUAGUUGCCAGUUUUGAUGGGAAUGAUAUUUUUACAUUUAAAGAUAUGGAUGUGCAAAUCCUACCAGAAUAUGAGAAAGCAAUCCUUUGCAGGAAUGCCUUCUCCCAGCUGCAGACACCCAAGAACCAUGCCUGGAUUUUUAAUUUUGGCAGUGUUUUCAUUGAGUUUCCUUAUCAGUAUGACUUUUCCAAAACUUUUGAUGAGGCCAUAAAUGUGCAAAAGUGGCUUAAAGCUCUGUAUAAGAAAGAUAGACAAGGUCUAGAACCGCUACCCCCCGACAUUGUGCUAAACGUGGUUCAGUUCUCUUUCAUCUUCCUUGAUGAUGUGUUUGAAGUCAAACUUCGGGACAACUAUGAACUCUUGAAGGAUGAAAGCAAAGAAAGUGCUAAGCGGCUACAGCUGCUGGAUGCUAAAGUGGCAGCGUUACGUAAGCAACAUGGGGAGUUGCUGCCAGCACGGAAAAUAGAAGAGCUGUAUACUUCUCUAGAGAAGAAAAACAUUGAGAUCUAUAUCCAGCGUUCUAAGCGUCUCUAUGCCAACACACCAAUGAGGAAAGCAUUGUUGACAUGGACCAUCUCUGAACUGGAGGUGGUUGUGCUGGCCGAUGAGUCCUAUCAUGGGGUGGAGAAGGUCAUUAAGCAAAUAAAGGACAUAGACAAUGUGAGUCCAUUUCCUCCAUGUGGUUUAGCCCUAGUCAUCCAGUGGUGUAGGAUGCUGAAGUACAGUAUGAAGUCCUUUCUAGUCCGAAUCAGGGAUUAUCCACGUUAUCUGUUUGAGAUUCGUGACUGGACCCUGUCUGGAAGGUUGAUUGGGACAGAGCAAGAUGGACAUCCUAAUGCUCGCCGUAAGCAAAUUGUGAAGCUAGAGAAACCAUGGGGUGACGUUGUUGUAGAAAGGAAUAUGCCGCCGCUGAAAUUUUAUCACGACUUCCAUUCUGAAAUCGCACUCUUCACAAUUGUUUGGGGUCCAUGCUGGGAUCCAGCUUGGACUCUCAUCGGCCAGGCAGUAGACCUCCUCACUAAGCCAUCCGUGGAUCCGAGCCCUCUUCUUAGUUGGUGGGACAAGAGUCGACUGCUGUUCCAUGGGUUAUGGGUCAUGAACAUUGACCAGGCUAACCUACACCAGCUGGCCACUGAGGAUCCCUACAACACUACAGAGAACAUGCACUGGGAGUGGAACAAGCUUACCUUUGAGUGGAAACCAUGCCAUUUUAAUUUCAAGGGAGACCUGGAUAUCAAUGUUCGAACUGCAUCUAAGUAUGAUGAUUGUUGCUUCAUGCACCUCUCUGAUCUUUGCAUGACCUUUGACCUACAGUGGCUGUGCCAUGGAAAUCCAUAUGACCACCAUAGUGUCACACUUUGCUCACCAGAGUUUCUAACUGAUUUUCAGUCUCUCCAGAUUCACGACUCCUAUCGUGCAUUUAGAUCAGAGAACUUGAACCUAUCUGUGAAGAUGGAUCUUUCACGUCACAAAACAGAGGCUUCCCAGCCACGUAUUCUGUUGUAUAGCAGUACCCUCCGCUGGAUGCAGAACUUUUGGGCAACAUGGACUAAUGUGUCUCGACCAAUCUGCCGUGGCAAACUCUUUAAUAAUAUGAAGCCAAGCAAGAAAAAGCUGGGACAGCAUUAUAAGGAGUUGUCAUACACAGCACUUUUCCCAGAACUCCAGGUGCAUUACUGGGCUUCCUUUGCUCAACAGCGUGGUGUGCAGGUGGAGUGCAGCCAGGGGCAUAUAUUCACACGAGGCACACAGAGGCUUAUUCCUCAGGCUGGAACGGUCAUGCGGCGAUUAAUUUCAGAGUGGAAUGUUACCCAGAUGGUAAGUGACCUGAGCAUGGUCACUGUGCAUCUUAUGCUGUCAACAUUGGAAGAGAACAGCGAUCACAGGCCCUCCUCAAAUGUGAAGAAGACCCAUCUCCUCAGCUUAUCCUCCCUUAGCUACCAACGUCACAGCAAUCGCAUUGGAGAGGAUGUUUCUGUAAAUGAGGGAGAGAAUGCUUUUUAUACACACAGGCUGCGUCUGGUAGAUCUGAGGGCUUCGUGGACUACAACUAACAGGAACAUUGCAUUUGGCUUGUAUGAUGGAUACAAGAAGGCAGCUGUGUUGAAAAGGAACUUAUCCACGGAGGCUUUGAAAGGGUUAAGGAUAGAUGCACAGAUACAGAACAAGAAAUUCAAACGUACUUCAGUCUCCUUGUAUCCACUGUCACCAACAUCUCCUCCUGUUCCUCUUGAGACUGGUGAAAAAUUAGAAAAGAGCCAGACUGAAGGAACUUCUAUGCUGCAGAAGUUGAUUGAAGAAACAGAUAAAUUUGUUGUAUUCUCAGAAGAGGAGCUGGGAGUUAGUGAUCAACUAUAUGGAAUUGCUGCCUCUCAAACCGAUGAUGUUUUUAAUCGCAACUGGCUAAUUGAACUGAUAAACUGCCAGAUGAUGCUUCGUGGAACUGAGACGGCUGGCUGUGUGCUUGUUUCUGCUUCCAAGGCUCAGCUUCUCCAGUGCCAACAUCACCCAGCAUGGUAUGGUGAUACUCCUAAACAGAAAACUUCCUGGACCUGUCUGUUAGAUGGUAUGCAGUAUUUUGCAACAAUGGAAACCAACCCAACUGAUAAGGAAGACUGGCAACUCUGGCUACUGGUGAAAAACAUUGAAGAACAACGGGAAAGAAACCCUGACUCUGUACUUGAGCUAAUGGAGGGUGGACAAGCAGUAGGUGGCUUAGUCAGCACCACUACAGACUGGAAUCAGUCUAUCCAAGCUCAGCACCCUCAACAAGUACAGAGAAUCAUUUCCCGCUGUAGCUGCCGGAUGUAUUACAUUGGUUACAGCCAUAUUGACCGUGAUAUUGACCCUGAAUUACUGUCGCACAUCAAAACACCUGAGGUUCGUGAAAGUCAAGGGAAGGAAGAUCUGUUAAAUAAACAAGAAGGAGCUGUUGACACUUUCACUCUAAUUCACCAUGAUCUGGAGAUUUCGAGCAAUCCUGUGCAGUAUGCUAUGAUAUUGGAUAUAGUCAACAAUCUUCUUCUCCAUGUAGAACCCAAGCGUAAAGAACACAGUGAGAAGAAGCAGCGAGUCCGUUUCCAGCUGGAGAUAUCAAGUAAUCCUGAAGAACAGCGCAGCAGCAUUCUUCACCUGCAGGAAGCUGUGAGACAGCAUGUAGCACAAAUCCGAACAUUAGAGAAGCAAAUCUAUAGCACCAUGAAGUCUUUACAGGAUGAGAGCAAGAAUGAGGCACUCCUUGAAAUGAACCAAAAACUGCAGCAACAACUUGACCAGGAGAAGAUUGAUUUACAGAACAAGAGUGAAGAACUGAACAUCCUAAUAAGGUGCUUUAAGGAUUUUCAGCUUCAGCGAGCAAACAAGAUGAAACCACGGAAGCAACUGGAAGAUGUUAGUGUGGUACGGCGUACAGAGAUUUACUUUGCUCAAGCAAGGUGGCGGCUUACAGAAGAGGAUGGGCAGCUGGGGAUCACAGAAUUGGAGUUACAGCGUUUCCUAUACAGCAAGGUAAACAAAUCAGAUGACACAGCAGAGCACUUGUUAGAACUUGGCUGGUUCACAAUGAACAAUCUUUUGCCAAAUGCCGUCUAUAAGGUGGUUCUGAAGCCCCAGUUUCCAUGCCAGUCUGGCCGACAGCUUGCCUUGAGAAUAUUUAGCAAAGUCCGUCCACCUGUAGGAGGAAUUUCCAUCAAGGAACAUUUUGAGGUGAAUGUGGUCCCUUUGGUCAUCCAGCUAACGUACCAGUUUUUCAAGAGGAUGAUGGGUUUCUUCUUCCCUGGAAGAAAUGUUGAGGAGGAAGAAACUGGUGAUGAAGAAGACAAAUCUAAGCUGGUUACAACUGGAAUACCUGUGGUAAAGCAGCGGCAACUGAUUGGGCCAGAAGAUCAAGUUGGCUCAUUAAGUUCAAGCAAAGGAGUAACUCAGGGUUUAAACCGAACAUCAGGAGUCAGAAGAUCAUUCCGAAAACCUCAAGAGCAGCAGCAUCCAGUUGAUGACAUAGACAAGAUGAAAGAAAGAGCAGCUAUGAACAAUUCCUUCAUUUACAUCAAAAUACCUCAGGUGCCUCUGUGUGUCAACUACAAGGGUGAAAAAAAUAGUGCUGACUGGAGGGAUCUGAAUAUGCUAAAUCUUGUGCUGCCUUGCCUUGAGUAUCAUAACAACACAUGGACUUGGUUAGACUUUGCAAUGGCUGUAAAGAAGGACAUCCGAAAGGCUGUAGUUGCUCAGGUUAUCAAAGAAAAAUUGCGUUUAAAACCAACUGCUGGUGCAGAAGCAAAAGGUAAAGCUUCUGAGGCAAAGACUGACACAAAUGUUCAACAACAAGAAGAAGAGGAAAAAGCACGUUUACUAAUUGGGCUGAGUACAACGGACAAAAACCCUGGGAAGAAGUCUAUAUUUGGAAGGCGAAAAUAGGGAACAAAAACUGAAGUGGCUGGAAGCAGGAAAUGAAUGACUCAUUUUUGGAAAGCAAGCCUUUUGCUGUUAGAGGAGAAUUACCUGUCAAAGGGAAAGCAGUGAAUGGAUAAAGCAGGAGGCUUAGAUGAGGUCGCCAGAGCUGACCAUGUUUGUAAGAGUGGAGUUGUGCACAUGUUGAAUCAUUGCCAAGAGAAAUGAGACGAUUUAUCAAGAAAGGAGAAAUAUUUUUUUUUUGUGGAAAAUAUGUACAGAUGUAUAUAAAAAUUAUAAAAUAUAUAUUGAGGAGUAGACCCCUUUUAGAGGUGAAGGGACUGUUUUGCACAAAAUAAUUAAAUUUCUAUUGACAUUAUUUCCAGAGGUGAAAGGGGAGUUGUUAAUUUAAUUUGAAUUAUACAUUGAUGAUGUUAAAAACAGUGAUCCCAGUUCUUUUUUUAAACUAAUCUUUGGAGCACUCUUUCAUUUAAUAGUUAAUGUUGUAACACACUGGGGAGAGAAGUCUGUGUAUCUUCUUUAAAGAAGUGGCUCCUCGUGUUUAUCUUUCUCAUUGAGAACCCAGUACAGCAUCGGGCUGUUCACAGAUGUGCGCCUCUGUGUUACAGCACUGUCUGUACAUCUUGAAGUGACAUAUCAUAUCUCUGAGAGCCACAUGCUUUUCCCCUGUAAGUGUUUGUGAUUAUUCUAAUGGUAAUGUGGCAACAUUUGAUGAGACCCUACUGGGAUUCUUCAGCUUUGAGCUGCACAUUUUGCUUAUCUCAGGUUUAAUAUUACUGUUUACUAUUACUUAUAAUUUCAUAACUCACUUGUAGGGCUCCUUAUUGUGAUCAUAAGAGUAAGGAGAAUCUUGCAGUAACAGUUUGUUAGGGUGAAUGUCAUUUUACUAGAAUUCGUUUCAAUAUUUUUAAAAUACAUUCUCUGUAGAGAGGAGUGACAUUUGCAGCCAUCAGGAAAUUUUGGGAUUAACUGCUGUAUUUUUAAACAUUUGUUUUCAUGGUGGUUGAAUUUGCUCAGUUUCAACUAAUCCAAUUUAUUUCUUAUUCUGUAAAACAGUUAAUGGACUGAACGGUUAUGAAAUCUUGUAGAUUUUUAGUUUGUUGCUUAAAAAGUAUGGAUGGCAACAAGUUCUGGAAUCAGUUUUUUUGUAGAAUCUGCACUUUUGAUCUGAACCAGAACAAAUAUCCCAGUGAAUCUGAAGGACUGAGCAGUGCAUCACAGAAGGCACUGAGCCCUCCAUGAGCACAGUUUGAAUGGCAAUGUGUAAUCCAAUGACAUUUUCAUCCAUUGUUAUCAAAAGACUAGUUAUGGGACUUGAGACAUUUUACCACUGUGCAUUGUCCUUGUGAGUUGGUAUAUUUAAUAUGCAGAGUUGCAUGGGGAUUUUCGAGGCAGUGGACAGCAUAAAUGAUGGAAUAUGAUUUGCAGUGUUUUAAGGCACUCCAUUGUGAACAAUAACCUCUGAAAUAACCUUCAGCACUUAUUCAGCCUUGGAAGUCUAAAUUAAAAGGUUUAGGAGUUCACAGAAAAAAAAGCAGUGGCAUUGUUUUUCAGACAUAUAUUUAUAGGUAUAUAUACUUGUGUGUGUGUGGG